AUGAUGGGGGUUAUUAAAAAAAAUAUAGCUUCACACUCAUGUGACAAGAAAUUCUUUACUACUGUCCUUAAAAAUAAAAUAAAUUAUUCUAAUAAAUACAAACAUUUUCUAGGUUGUAAUGAUGACAUUUCUCUUGAUACUUUGUCAUCAAAGUAUAUUAAAGUAUUCAAUGUUAAUAAUUAUAAUUUCAUUAUUUAUGGCAUUUUGCAUGGUCAGAUAAAUGAAAGAAGUUGUAGCGGUAAGGAUUGUUCUGAAUUACUUAAAAAUAUAAAAACUGAUUAUGUAUUAUUUGAAUUAUGUGAACAAAGAUUAAAAAGAAUAUUUAAUAUUAUUCUUUCAAAAAAGGAAAAACAAAAGUGUUAUUAUAAUAAUAACUAUUCGAGAUUAACCUAUUUGCCAAGAAUACAUAACGGGUUUUUACAAAACGAGUUCAUACCUGUAGUUGAAGAAUGCGUACAAAAGCAAUUAACAUUUUUUUUAUUUGACAGAAACAUCAAUACUAUAAAAAAUAGGCUAGAUUCGAUGCUUCUGUAUGAUACAAAAGCGUAUAGAAAAUUCUUUACCUACUGUAUAGAGUCUAUAUCUCUACGAAAUUACUCAUAUGAUAAGUUUACAAAAUUGUUUAAGGUGUAUUUUUCCAGUGUGGAUAAAGAGAAAAAUGUAUAUGAUGAAAUGAAGGGGGUUUUUCCCAUGCAAUAUAAGCAUAACUUAAAAGAUAAAAGAGAAGACCAUACUAAGAAUUUGGCUAAUAAUAAGCACAAUGAAAACAGCAAUACGAAAGAAGAAGAUGUUAAACAAGGUAGCAAUCGAUCGGAGGAGAAUACUCAUAUAAACACAUAUGAAAAUUUCGAGUGUCUGAAAAAAUUGAACGCCAUAAAAAUUUUGAAUGAACGACUACUACUCCUUUCGAAACCUACAUAUGAAGUACUCGUGGAAGAAAAAUACAAAUAUGCUGCAAAUAACAUUUGGUGCUUCCUUUUAAAUAAUGAAGCAAACUUUUUUGAAAAUAAAUGUAAAAAAAGAAUUCUUGUUAUAUGUAGUAUAAAUAUACUUGAAAAUUUAACGCAAGAAUUACAAACAACAUAUCAUAGUUUAUGUAAAAGAUAUAACAAUAAUAAAAAUAACGCUAAUAGUAGUAAUAAAAUUCCAGAACAGUUAAUGUUCGAAAAUCCUUACAGCUCUUAUAAUUUUUAUGUGAAACCACACUGGCCUCUAAUAUUUAUAAAAUAUUAUUUUGUUCCUUAUCUCAUUUUGUAUAUUGCUUUAAGCACAUUUUAUUCUUUUUGUUCAUGGAUUUAUCGUUCGAAUUUUCAAAAAAGUUCAUCAUUUUCUCAUAAAAUUGUAGACAUACAAGUUUAA